AUGGGGCGUCUGGCCAGUCUCAAGAACCCGAAUCCUGUUUCUAUCAAGCGUCCGCAGUCUGUGACUCGCCCUCAGCCUACGAGGCCAACCACCCAUCCCAAAACAACGACCUGCCCCAACCCCGGCUGUCCGGCGCCUCAUAUCGUCGAAGAUGACGGACAGAAGGUUUGUUCCGGCUGCGGUACGGUCAUCAGCGAGUCCAAUAUUGUCUCCGAGGUUACGUUUGGAGAAUCUGCGUCCGGUGCUGCCAUCGUGCAAGGUACCUUUGUCGGCGAGGAUCAAACGCACGUUCGGAGCUAUGGGCCUGGUUUCCAGCGCGGAGGAGGCAUGGAGAGCCGAGAAAUCACGGAAGCAAACGGAAAUCGAUACAUCACCCAACUGGCGAGGGCGUUGAAUAUCCCUGAUAGCGCCAUGAAGGCUGCCGGUCAGGUGUUCAAGCUGGCCGUAGGACUCAACUUUAUCCAAGGUCGCCGGACGAGGACUGUGGCAGCCGUCUGUUUGUACGUUGCCUGCCGCCGGCAGGAUGGAAAUACUGUCAUGCUGAUUGACUUUGCAGACGUGCUAAUGAUCAACGUCUUCAAACUUGGUCGUACCUACAAGUCUCUUCUAGACGAGCUACGCCUAGGUGGCAACGUCUUUCUGAUGAACCCCAUCGACCCCGAGAGUUUAAUCUACAGAUUUGCCAAGCAGCUCGAAUUCGGCUCGGCAACGAUGCAAGUCGCCAGUGAAGCUGUCCGGAUCGUUCAGAGAAUGAAUCGAGACUGGAUGACUACCGGCCGACGCCCAGCAGGUAUCUGUGGCGCCGCUCUGAUCCUAGCAGCUCGGAUGAACAAUUUCCGCAGGACGGUUCGCGAAGUGGUGUACGUCGUCAAGGUGACCGAGAUCACAAUCAACCAACGUCUCAAUGAGUUCAGCUCGACCGAGAGUGGAGAGCUCACGGUGGACCAGUUCCGUUCAGUGCAGUUGGAGAACUCCCACGACCCCCCUUCCUUCACUCGAGCACGAGAUGGCAGGAAACCGUCUCGGAGCAUUAUCCGCAAUGCCGCCGAGAUUGAAGGUGACCUGCCGGAUACCUUUUCAGAGCGACCUAGCCAAGAACCAUCUGGGAGCAGGCGAGUUGACUCCGACGGUUUUGCCAUCCCUGAGCUCCCCAUCGACCCGGCCCUGACGGCGCCAAAUCUCGAGCGGAGGCCGUCGAUCACGAACAUUGUAAACGAGAUCGUAGCUGAAGUGGGCGAGGAAGCGGCUAAGCCCAAGAUUGGCAGACCGAAGGGUUCCAAGAACGCGAAGCUCCCGCCACCGACGGCGGAGCAGGUGGCUUCGGAAGAAGCCCUGGAAGACGAGAUGACCGCCUUGCUUUCUACGGGCUCCAACCUCAUUGAAAGUGCCACGAGUACGGCGGCCCCCAAUAAUACCGACGAAGGCCGCAAGCCCAUUUCCGAAAGCGCGGAAAUCGAUGCCGCCGAGUUCGAAUCCGACCCGGAAGUUGCCAACUGUCUCUUAUCCCCCGCCGAGGUUGAAAUCAAGGAACGCAUCUGGGUCCACGAGAACAAAGACUACCUCCGCACGCAACAGGCCAAGGCGCUGAAGCGUGCGCUAGAGGAGGCCUCAACCCGCCCUGGGGCGACCAAGCCUCGUAAACGGCGCCGCGGCCGGCUGGGUGACGUGACAUACCUCGAAGGCGAGGGCGGCGAAGACGGCGACGGCCGCAGCACACGAGCUUCCACGCCUGCCGAAGCCACCCGUCGGAUGCUUGAACGCCGGGGAUUCAGCAAGAAAAUCAACUACCGGCUCCUGGAGUCUCUCUUUGGGGAAGAAGGCGCCGCCGAGGAGGCUAAAGCCAAGGUCCAGGCAGAGAAAGACGGCCGCGGUACGCGCAGCCCGAGCGUGGCGGCGUCAGCACGCAGCAUAAGCCUCGAGCCCGAGGGGAUCGUCACCAAGCGUGCGCGGCUCUUGACCCCGUCAGCGACCGCGAAGCCUACCGUGUCUCCGGCGCCGGUAGUCACCGGCACCACUGCCGUCAAGCCACCGGCUGCGAACGAGGGCCAUGUCAACGAGAAGGAGGAAUACCCCGAUGAAGACGACCCGGACGACGAGGAAGACGAGGAGGAUGACAACGACGAUGGCGACGAUGUCGAUGCUGCAUUUGCAGGCACCUAUGGCGACCGGUACUACGACGAGGACAAUUACUAUGAUAGCGAUUAA